CGUUUCCGCUCCCCCACCCAACUCCCCUCCCUCCUCACACGCAUCUCGUCUCUUUGCGUGACCUUGCCUUCUCCGCCCCGCUCUUCCAUCUCCUCUACAAGAUAGCGGUGCCGCUGCCAUCGUAGCAAUGGCAGUGCAGGCGCGGUUCCUCUCCCACGCCUUCCCCCACGACCUCACCGCCUUCAAAUCAAUGGAGGACCCCUCAUCCCAGUUCUUCCAAGACUGGGCGCCCGCGGUGCCCGGGAACGCGAACACCACCGUCCUCAGCGACCUCCCGCGGAGCGAGCUCACCUGCAACGACAACUACGGCUUCGUGCCCAGGAAGCGCGCGCGGAUGGCCACCGAAGAGCCGGCGGCGGGGCUCGCCGAAAUCGCCAGGCAGCGCCUGAUUCUGCAGCAGCAGCAGCAGCAGGAGGCGGCGGCGAUGCACGGGCUGGUCCUGCCUUAUGACGCGCAGACCACCAGGGCCGUCGGCUCCGGCGCGGCGUCCACCAGCGGGAGGAUGGCCAAUGCCGCCGCGGCCGUCUCGCAGGGCCUCACCGCGCUGCUCUACAACCAGGGCGUCGAGACCGACGCGCUCAUCCGGCUCGAGAGCGAGCGCAUGCGAGCGGGGCUCGAGGAGGCGCGCCGGCGCCACGCGCGGGCAGUUCUCGCCGCCGUGGAGCGCGCGGCGGCGGGGCGGCUGCAGGCCGUGGAGGCCGACCUGGAGCGCGCGCGCUACCGCAACGCCGAGCUGGAGGAGCGGCUCCGGCAGAUGACCGCGGAGGGCCAGGCGUGGCUCGGCGUCGCCAGGAGCCACGAGGCCGUCGCCGCGGGACUCCGCGCCACGCUGGACCAGCUCCUGCAGCCCGCCUGCGCGGGCGCCGUCGAGGCCGACGCGGAGGACGCCCAGUCCUGCUGCUUCGAGACCGCUGGCGACAACAACGCGGACGACACGGCGUGCAAAGUGGCCGCGCCGUCGUGCAAGGCGUGCGGCCAGGGGGACGCCUGCGUGCUUCUGCUCCCGUGCCGGCACCUGUCCGUCUGCGCCGCGUGCGAGCCCGCCGUGGAUACCUGCCCCGUCUGCGCCGCCACCAAGAACGCCUCGCUCCAUGUCCUGCUCUCCUGAUCCGAGCCGGCGUACGGUCAACUUCGACGUUCUACCGUGCGUGUGUUUUGUUGUGCUGCGUGUAGUUUCGCCAGCGUGGCACCAGGGGUCAAGUCAUCCAGGCAUGUAGUUCCAAGUGCUGAAUUUGCAUGUACUACAAGAGCCUAGAGUAGUUUUUAUUUUAUUUUAGUUAUUAGGUUUACCUGUUAAUUUUCUGGGCUACUGACUUAUUACUUUUGCUGCGGUUUAGUAAAAACAUUUCCGUUGUUGGUGAAAUAGUACAGCAGUUUCGGUUUCAAGAGUUC